AUGACUAGCAAUACAGUCAAUUUGGAUAAUUUGGAGAGUUUCUUUGGAAUUUCGACCGUUUUCUUCCGUUUUCAAGACUAUUAUGUCUUCAUAAUGAAUACUGAAAAGGAUUAUUCAGCUGUUUCAAGCCUUAUGAGAGAGGAUUCGAACUCGAUAUGACUAGCAAUACAGUCAAUUUGGAUAAUUUGGAGAGUUUCCUUGGAAUUUUGACAGUUUUCUUCCAUUUUCAAGACUAUUAUGUUUUCAAAAUGAAUACUAAAAAGGAUUAUUCAGCUGUUUAUAAUGCUGUUUCAAGCCUUAUGA